UGUUCAUAUGGACGUUGACCUUGUAUAUAAAUUCAUGGAAUUCAUAGUUUUAAUUGGAUCACAUCUCAGGGGGCCUUUCAACUUUGUUUUAUAGUUCUUUCAUUCAUACAUUCUUACACAAUAAUAACAAUAUAUAAUCAUUCAUUCUGAUCGACGCAAAGAUGACGUCGAAUAAAGCAGCAGGACCAUCCACAGGUACACCAUCAUCCCCAGUCAUCACUGAGGAUAAACAACAGCCGGAUACCAAUACCCCGGCUCCUGCUAUUGCUAAAGUCAAAAGACAACUACCGAAUCUACCUCUUCGAUUUCUGCUUACAGGACCCCGAGCAAGUUACAUCCGGAUGGGCGUCCCUCUUUAUGAAGCUUCGAUAAACUGUGACUGGGAUGCUGCUAAAAUAAUUCUUGACAAAUUCCCACACUUGGUAAGAUAUAGCAUCACUGAAAAUGGAGAAACUGCACUUCAUGUUGCAGCAUCUGCAAAAGUACCCAAACUGGGGGUAGUGUUUGUAAAAAAUCUAGUGGAAUUGAUGAAUGAGGACGACUUGGUACUUGAAAAUGAAAAUUUCAACACUGCCCUCUAUUUGGCAUCUGCUGCUGGAAACCUGGAAACGAUUCAGAUUAUGGUAGAAAAAAACAGGGACUUGGUAACAAUCCCUGGUGCAGGAAGAAAGAUGUUGCCACUAUAUGCGGCUGCCUUGUUUGGAUAUUAUAAAGUAGUCGAGUAUCUUUUUGAAAUGUCCAAUGACUUGUGUGAUGCUGAUGGUUGGAAUAAUGAGAAUCGUGGCUGGCUUCUUGAGAAAUGCGUGGAGAAUGACAUGUUGGAUAUCGCACUAAAGAUCGUGAAACUGUAUCCCAAGCUUAAUAGUGGGAAUGUACUCGCACUUCUAGCUCGAAAGCCUGAAGCAUUUCGUGAAACACCAUCUACUAUUAAGGGGAAAGUGGUCAAGCUGGGUAAUUAUCUCUACUCCAAGAUCUUUAGUACAAAUCAAGCAUCUGAGAAUAAGAACUCAAAACUUGGUAACGUGGGUGCACCUGAAAAUUUGGAUCAAGCAUCUGAAAAUAAGAACUCAAAACCUGGUAGUGUAAGUGCACCUGAAAAAUUGGAUCAAGCAUCUGAAAAUAAGAACUCAAAACCUGGUAGUGUGGGUGCGCCUAAAAAGUUGGAUCAAAAGACAGAAGCAUCUUCAGCAAAAAAAUCUAAUAUCAUUAACUCGAGCAAGAAUCGCAUUUCCUUGACGUUUGUUAUGCAUCAGCUAUCUGGAAAAAAGCAUCCAAAAGCUGUAGAUGUGGGUGGAAAGCCUGAAGCAUCCAACAAAACCAAAGCUAUUGUCAUUUGGAAAACCGUCAAGUCAGUCUUUGGAUUUGGUGGUUCAAAGGUGAAAGCUCCUGCAAAAGAAAGCAUAGCAUUGCAACUGCUAAAAAUCAUUUGGAAAGAUAUAGCAAAAAAGCCCAAGAAUGAAAUUGAUAGAAUACUCAGAGGUCCACCAGACUCGAAUAAGCAAGACAAGUCAGCUCCUGGAAGAGUUGUUCAAGUUGUGAAACUACAAAAACUCAUUUCGGAUCAUAUUAAGGCAGUGGAUAACAUAAUCAAACAGCAAUCAAAUACUUCAGAAUUAAAAAGCCUCAUUCUCGAAAGUCUUGCGAAAAUGCAUGAUGAAACCCAAAGCAUAAUCAAAGCAGCCCCAGAGUCAAUAAAGCAAGACAACAAGCCAAUUUCUGGUAAGGCAGAUCAAGCUCUGGAACUGCAAAAGCUUAUUUCUGAAAAUAUAGUGAACAUGCAUGACGAAAUUCAGAAAAUAAAUGAGAUAACUGUAAAUGUAAAGGAAAAUCAAGAAGCUAUUCAACUAAAAAGACUGCAAAAAAUCAUUUCGGUCCUUAUUGAAAAUAUGAAAACAGAAAGCCAGAAAAUAAUCAGAAGACCUGCAAAGCAAACAUACUCUUCGCGGGUAGUUUUUAUUGCUGCCGAAAAGGGAAAUACUGAUUUUUUGAUUGAGCUCAUCCGUCAAUAUCCUGAUCUCAUUUGGAAGGUAAAUGAUAAUAAUCAAAGCAUAUUUCACAUUGCGGUCAAACAUCGUAACGCGGGUAUCUACAACCUACUGUACGAGAUAGGUGCGAUGAAAGAUAUGAUAACUCCUCUCCGAGAUCCAAAGGAGAACAAUAUGUUGCACUUGGUUGGGCAGAUGGCGAAGGAAAAUCAACUCAAGGAUGUGUCAGGAGUUGCUUUACAGAUGCAACGAGAAUUAUUAUGGUUCAAGGAAGUGUGCAACAUGAUACCUCCUUCUUAUAGAGAACGGAAGAACGAAGAUGGUCUGACACCACAUAAGUUGUUCACUAACGAACACAAAGAUCUUGUUUUAAAAGGCGAGGAGUGGAUGAAAGUAACGGCUAGUCAAUGUAUGGUUGUUGCAGCACUUAUUGCAACCAUAGUAUUUGCUGCAGCCUUUACAAUUCCGGGUGGAUAUGACCAGAACAGUGGUCUGCCUAUGUUUCAGUCAAAAGCAACCCUUAUGGUUUUUGUUGUCGCAGAUGCCAUUUCUCUAUUCUCCUCUUCAGCUUCAAUUCUCAUGUUCUUAGCUAUCCUCACGUCUCGUUAUGCUGAAAGUGAUUUCUUGGAAUCAUUACCCACAAAGCUCAUGUUCGGUCUCUUAACUCUUUUCUUGUCGAUAACAACAAUGACAGUAGCUUUUAGUGUCAGUUUUUUCAUACUAUACCAUAAGGGAUUAUUAUGGAUACCAAUCCUUAUCGGCGUAUUUGCUGUGUUGCCGGUCAUCCUAUACAUGUUUUUACAAUCUUCCUUGUUUUUUGAUGUAAUUCGGUCAACAUAUGGCUCUAGGUACCUCUUUAAGCCCAAAAAACGAGUUCUUUAUUAUUCAAACCCCAAGGUCUGAGUCUGAUAACUAUUGCUGUUUUUGAUUGUGUUGUAAUGUAAUGGGUUUGUUUCAAGAGAGCUCUUUGUAAAAUGGUUGUAAGUUACAUGUACAUGACAAUAUAUAUGUUUUAAAGAUGUACUCGUAUAUGUUAUGUUA